UGAUUGCGCAAGUUAACAAAAUGGCGGCAGUGAUUCAACGCCUAUCAAGACAAGCGUUAGUCACCUUCAUGACGAGAGAAACAGCAACGUUUUCGUCGAACUUUGAAACUUUAAAAACAAUGCUUGACUCAAUCACAGCGGAUGACAUCAAGCUUUCUGUUCCAGAUCCUUUCGAACAGAAUAAUAGAAGUUUCACUGAAGCACCAGCUACUCAUAUUUCCAUCUUUGAAUGUCCAUUCUUUUCAUUAGGAGUUUUCAUCUUAAGAAAAGGUUGUUCUAUUCCUCUCCAUGAUCAUCCUGAUAUGUUUGGUUUGUGCAAAGUGGUGUAUGGGGAAAUAUCAGUGGAGUCGUAUCAAAGCCAAUCUGAGACCACACUAAAUGGAAGAACAGAUGGCUUUACAAAACAUCCUCUUCAUACCCGUAAACGGAGGCUCAUAAGGUGCAGGAAGACUGAACAACUUUUUGAGGAGAGCAGUGGAAGUUGUGUGUUGACACCAACUGUUGGUAACCAUCAUACAAUUCACAAUACUAGUUCAGGGCCAUCAGCUUUUGUUGACAUCCUUGGUCCUCCCUAUGCACAAGACAAAGGACGUGACUGCACAUAUUACCAAGAAUGUGAUCCUUCACCAUACCUUAACUCCAGUAAGAACAAUCAGGCUUCACCAAUUGAGAUCGAUAGCUCUGACAGGUGGAUAAUUGAAAUUCCUCCUCCUCGAGACUUCUACUGUGAUACUCAGCCAUACAGGGGACCAACUGUAAAUCUGCAAUUAAUCUCUGAUCCUUCAGACUUAUAAAAAAGAGAUUAUACUACAACCAGUACCAAAAAGGAAGGAUUACACUUUACAGAUCUGCACUGGAGAAAAAUGUACAUUUAAACAGGUUAAUAUAGUAUUAUACAAUUAUACAGUUUAUUUAUACAAAAUACAUAGGUUGCUUAUUUACAUUUCUUAGUAGAUGUGUUGUGGUGCUGAAGUAUCAAAGUUCCUUUAUCAAUAUAUUUCUUAAUGCACUUUAGACUUUCAGUGUACAUUGAAUUCAUAAAUUAUUUCAGCUUUACGUCACUGUAAACAAUACAAGGUGUUAACAUAAUCGACUUGUGCUGCAAAGAGAUGGUUCUCUCUUUUAAAACUGCUUGUCUGAUAAUUGAAACUAAUAAUUGUGUUUUGGUUGUUGUUUUAACAUGUAAUGCAAGUCACCAAUUCAAAGAUUUUAAUAGAGGAGUAAUUGUCAAAAUUGACGCCUCUAGUAAGAGAGCGCUAAUUGUAUGGAAGUGUUGUCAUCUAUUUUUUAGUCAUUCUUUUUGUAUUAAGCCGAUUAUUUAACAAAAAGAUUAUUUUCUGUAGUUGGUAUAUUCAGCAAUAGAACCAAGAUGAGGAACAGCCAAGUAUCACCAAUUUUUUUUCCAAAUUUUGAUGUCCUCAGUGAUCAGUUACUUAACAUACAGACCAAAAUAUGAAAUCAACUUGUUUUAUGUUGUAAAAGUGUGAAAUGUUGUUACCAGUGACAUCAUUUACAACUCUGUCUUCCUAUAUAUCAAUAGCAAGAACCUAACACAGUGCUUAUGUAAUCUAGCUUAUAAUAUAAUAAAUUUGCACUAUAGAUGUCCAGUGAUAUGCUUAAGGUUGGAUUGUGGAUAAAUUAUCUUACAAAACCAAUUGUUCUCUUCACAUCUGCUGAAAUUUAGAGUUAGAAAAAUAAUUUGCAAGUUUUUUUGUUGUGUUUGUUGGUGUAUGAAGUGGCUUGCCAGUUUCUGGGUUCUGUUUGUAGAUGGAGUGUUGUUACCAGCAGGGAGGCUGGCUUUGCGUCAUUUCACCCUGGUCUGCUAGUACCAAUAGAUAACACUUAUUGACUGUAUGCCUUGUACAGGUUGUGAUGAGUAUGCCAUAAAAUUUGAAUAUUAAUAGAGACAAUUGUAAAAUUUGAUGAAUUUGAUGGGAAGGAGAAUAAAUUCCAAGACCCUUUCCUAAAGAUAUUCCUAACUGUCAAUUUAGGUCGGUUUCUUUUGUGCAGCUAUAAGUUCUAAAGAAAGAAAUUUGACUUGGAAUUUUCACCUGCGCUUGUAGAGUAUUGUAGUAAACCCGGAAAUAAAAAAUCACCGGUUCCUA